AUGAUAUUUACAAGACUUUCUCUUCUCGCUAUCGUUGCUGCAUCUGUAGCUGCCCAUGUCAUAAUAAAAGCAAAUUCUAACCAAGAUGCACUUCUUGUGAAGCGCUCUGGCGAGAACGGUGUCGCUCCUAGCGAUCCUAGUGGUUCUGUAGGGCACCAUCAAGGUGGAAACCAUUCAGGAUCAACCAAUAGUAAUGGAAAUGGUUCUGAUUCCUCGGAUUCAUCUGACUCUGACUCCGACUCUGAUCAUGCAACACAUAGAUCUAGACGUCGUAGACGCUAA